CCUUGUGCAAAGAUGGCUGCACCGUGAGCGCAGCGGAGGAGGAGGUGGCGGCGGUGGCGGCGAGAGAGCGAGCACCCAGCGCCCGCACCCACCCCGGGGCCGCCCGGGACGCCCCCUCCUGAGCGCGCGCUCCCCUCUUCUCACUUGCAAGCGCCGGGGCAAAGGCGGAGACAGCGGGGUCCCUCCUCCCCUCCUCUCCCUCAAGGGGGAACCCCCCUUCCCCCCUCCUUGGCUCGGCGACUGCACCCCCUCCCUUGCCUGCCCCUCCGCCCCUGUUCCCUCCCUCCCCCGCCCGGGGCCUUCCCGGGCCUUCGGCGGUAGCAAAGAAAAAAGAGAGAGAGAAGGGGGAAAAAAAACCAGCAGCGGAGGGAGCGGCGGCGGAGGAGAGCGCGCGCGCGCCCCCUCCUUCCCUCCCCCUCCCCCUCCCCCCAAUUUCCACCGCGGCCAAUUCAUGGACAGGAACUACCCCAGCGCCGGCUUCGGGGACCCGCUCGGCGCCGGGGCGGGAUGGAGUUACGAGAGGUCAGCGAAAGCUAGCUUGGUCUAUGGCAGCUCCAGGACCUCGCACCCCGAGACGGACAUCUUACACCGCCAGGCCUACGCAGCCCCCCACCCACUGCAAAGCUAUGCCACCAACCAUCACCCUGCAGGCCUCUCUGGACUCUUCGACACUGGCCUUCACCACGCGGGCUCAGCAGGGCCCGACGCCUCCGUCAUGAACCUCAUCUCGGCCCUGGAGUCCCGGGGCCCCCAGCCAGGCCCCUCUGCCUCCUCUCUCCUCUCCCAGUUCCGCAGUCCCUCCUGGCAAACAGCCAUGCAUACGCCAGGCCCCACGGAGCUCUUCAUCUCAGGCGCCCUGCCGGGUUCCAGCACCUUUCCAUCCUCCUCUGCCCUGUCGGCCUACCAGCACCCGGCUUCCUUCGGCAGCCGCCCCUUCCCAGUGCCCUCAUCCCUCAGCCUCCAGGACCCCCCAUUCAGCCCCCCAGCUAAUGGGCUCCUGUCCCCUCAUGAUGUGCUGCACCUGAAGCCCUCGCAGGCACCCACGGUGCCCUCCUCGCUAGGCUUUGAGCGCCUGGCGGGGGGUGGUGUCCUGGGGCCCGCUGGGCUUGGCCCGGCCCAGACUCCCCCUUACCGUCCUGGUCCCCCAGACCCACCUCCACCUCCCCGGCACCUCCCAACUCAGUUCAACCUGCUGGCUUCUUCUUCCGCUGCCGCCGCCGCCGCUGAGCAGUCCUCCCCACAGCUCUACAACUUUUCGGGUGCUGCGCCAGGCCCACCGCCACCCGAGCGGGCGCUGCCCCGCCAGGACACUGUCAUCAAGCACUACCAGCGGCCAGCCAGUUCCCAGCCCCCACCACCCCCACCACCAGCCCACGCCCUCCAGCACUACCUGAGCUGUGGCGGCAGCUAUCCCUCCAUGGGCCAUCGGGCCAACCUGGCCUGCAGCCCCCUGGGUGGUGGGGAGCCCUCCCCAGGUGCUGGUGAGCCUAGCAAGGCUGGGCCCAGUGGAGCCACGGCCGGGGCAUCAGGCCGGGCUGCGGGCCCCGAGGCAACCGGAGGAGGUGGGGCCGGGGGUGGUGGCGGAGGUUACCGCCCCAUUAUUCAGUCACCCGGUUACAAGACAGGCAAAGGUGGUUAUGGGGCAGCUGCUGGGGGCGCCAACAGACCCCCGCCACCUCGUUCAACUGCCACACCCAAAUGCCAGAGCCUGGGGGGGGCGGCUGCGGCCUAUGCCACUGGGAAGGCCUCUGGGGCUGGCGGGGCGGGAGGCCAGGCCUAUUCUCCUGGUCAGCCCCAGGGGCUUCUAGGACCCCAAGCCUACGGGCAAGGUUUCGGAGGGGGUCAAGCACAGGACUUGAGCAAAGGCCCUAGCUACUCAGGAGGGCCUCCGCAGCCCCCCAGCGGCCCCCCGCCUCCUGGUCUAGCCACGUGUCAGAGCUAUUCGCCUGACCAGCUACAGGGGCAGCUGUAUGGGGUGCAGGGCGAGCCGUACCCAGGGCCAGCUGCCCACUCCCAGGGGCUGCCCACGGCCAGUCCAUCACUCAGCUAUAGUACUGGCCAUUCACCAGCACUCUCGGGCCACGGAGGGGGCUGGGGUCCCAGCUCCUUGGGUGGCGGCGGAGAGGCCAGCCCUUCUCAUAUCAUCCGCCCGCUGCAGUCACCGCCUGCCCCCGGUCGCCCGGCGGGAGUCAGCUCUCCAGGAGCCCCUGGCAAAUACCUGAGUUCUGUCCUGGCCUCAGCCCCGUUCCUGGCGCCCCCGGGAGCCAGCAGCUAUGCAGCUGGAGCAGGUGGCUACAAAGGCAAGGGAGAUGGCUCAGAGCUGCUAGCAGGCCCCGGGGGGCCUCCUGCUGAGCGCACGGAGGACGAGGAGUUCCUCAUCCAGCACCUCCUACAGGCGCCCAGCCCCCCAAGGACCUCAGGGGCCGAUGGCUUGGUGGGCGAAGAUGGGGCAGCAGAUGCCUCCAAAGGACUUGGAGGGAGUGGCGGGGCCGGGGGUCCCCCGGGCACACCCUAUGAGCUGGCCAAGGAAGAUCCCCAGAGGUACCACCUGCAGAGUGUCAUCCGCACCAGCGCCAGCCUUGACGAGGGUGCCACGGCGGCCCUGGAGCUAGGCCUGGGGAGGCUGAAGGAGAAGAAGAAAGGGCCAGAACGGGGUGGCGAGACCCCCGAGGGGCUGGCCACCUCCGUCGUCCAUUACGGGGCAGCUGCCAAGGAGCUGGGGGCCUUUCUCCAAAAGAGCCCGCCACCCCCACCUCCGUCGGCCCAGCCUGCCCAGCCCACACCCCACGGCCUCCUCCUGGAGGCCGGGGGUCCUGACCUCCCACUGGUGCUGCCUCCUCCACCUCCGCAGCUGCUUCCCUCAGUCCUCAGCCACACCCCCAGCCCCUCUUCCAGCAACCCCAAAGUCGGCGUCCAUCUCCUUGAGCCAGCCACCCGUGAUGGGGCGCCCCAGGCUCCGCCGCCGCCCCCACCUCCACCGCCUAUGCCUCUCCAGCUCGAGGCUCAUCUCCGCAGCCAUGGGCUAGAGCCCGGUGCGCCCAGUCCUCGCCUGCGACCAGAAGAGGGCCUGGAGCCGCCGGGUGCCAUGCAGGAAUUGCUUGGGGCUCUGGAACCGCUGCCUCCGGGGCCUGGUGACACUGGCGUGGGCCCACCCAACACCGAGGGCAAGGACCCCUCGGGGGCCUACCGCAGCCCCAGUCCACAGGGCACCAAGGCCCCCCGCUUUGUGCCACUCACCUCCAUCUGCUUCCCCGACUCCUUGCUCCAAGACGAGGAGCGCAGCUUCUUCCCCACCAUGGAGGAGAUGUUCGGCGGAGGGGCAGCAGACGACUAUGGCAAGGCCGGGCCACCUGAGGACGAAGGUGAUCCCAAGGCGGGCGCUGGGCCCCCGCCCGGACCCCCUGCCUAUGAUCCUUACGGGCCCUACUGUCCCAGUCGAGCGUCUGGAGCAGGGCCCGAGACACCGGGCCUGGGCCUGGACCCCAACAAGCCACCUGAGCUGCCCUCCACGGUCAACGCGGAGCCUCUGGGCUUGAUCCAGAGUGGGCCGCACCAGGCAGCCCCGCCGCCCCCUCCGCCUCCACCACCACCUGCCUCAGAGCCCAAGGGAGGCCUGACCUCGCCCAUCUUCUGCUCUACCAAGCCAAAGAAGCUGCUCAAGACGUCCUCAUUCCACCUGCUCCGGCGCCGCGACCCUCCCUUCCAGACGCCCAAGAAGCUGUAUGCCCAGGAGUACGAGUUCGAGGCGGACGAGGACAAGGCCGAUGUGCCUGCGGACAUCCGUCUCAACCCCCGGCGUCUGCCUGACCUGGUGUCCAGCUGCCGAUCCCGCCCGGCCCUCUCCCCGCUGGGUGACAUCGACUUUUGUCCACCCAACCCUGGCCCUGAUGGCCCCCGUCGCCGUGGCCGCAAGCCCACCAAGGCCAAGCGCGAUGGCCCACCUCGACCCCGGGGCAGGCCACGGAUCCGCCCACUGGAGGUCACCACCACCACUGGGCCAGCCUCGACUUCCACACCCACCGAUGGGGCCAAGAAACCCCGGGGUCGGGGUCGUGGCCGGGGCAGGAAGGCUGAGGAAGCAGGGGGCACCCGGCUGGAGCCCCUGAAGCCACUUAAGAUCAAGCUGCCUGUGCCCAAGGCUGGUGAGGGUCUGGGAGCCUCAUCAGGAGACGUCAUAGCAGGCACUGACCACAAUAACCUGGACUCAAGCCUGACUCGGGAGAAGAUUGAGGCCAAGAUCAAGGAGGUAGAGGAGAAGCAGCCAGAGAUGAAGUCUGGCUUCAUGGCCUCCUUCCUGGACUUCCUCAAGUCAGGCAAGCGCCACCCACCACUCUACCAGGCGGGCAUGACACCUCCGCUCAGCCCCCCCAAGAGCGUGCAGGCCUCUGUGCCCCCCCGAGGCCUGCAGCCCCAGCCCCCCACGGCCCCCACUGUGCCACACCCCCCACCCGCUGGCGCUUUUGGGUUGGGGGGUGCUCUCGAGGCCGCUGAGAGCGAGGGGCUGGGGCUGGGCUGCCCUUCGCCUUGCAAGCGGCUGGACGAAGAGCUGAAACGGAACCUCGAGACACUGCCCUCCUUCUCCUCGGAUGAGGAAGACUCUGUCGCCAAGAACCGGGACCUGCAGGAGAGCAUUUCCUCGGCCAUCUCUGCCCUCGAUGACCCUCCCCUCGCCGGGCCCAAGGACACCACCCCCCCGGAGGGGCCUCCCUUGGCUCCAGAGGCUGCGGUCCCGGGGCCGCCCCCCCUCCCAGGGCUCCCCAGUGCCAGCAGCGGUGGCACACCUGAGCCCCCGCUGUUGGAGGAGAAACCCCCACCCUCUCCGCCACCUGCCCCAUCGCCCCAGCCGCCACCCCCACCACCAGCUCUGCCCUCGCCACCCCCUUUGGUGGCCCCAGCCCCUGCGCCCAGCUCGCCACCUCCGCCGCCUCCACCAGCCCUGCCUUCGCCACCCGCCCCUCCGCCCCCGCCAGCUGCUGCCCCACCAGAGGAGCCCGCUGCCCCUUCCCCCGAAGACCCCGAGCCGCCCGACGCCCGGCCCCUGCACUUGGCCAAGAAGCAGGAGACGGCGGCCGUGUGUGGGGAGACAGACGAGGAAGCCGGUGAGAGCGGCGGUGAAGGCAUCUUCCGCGAGCGGGACGAGUUUGUCAUCCGCGCUGAGGAUAUACCUUCCCUCAAGCUGGCGUUGCAGACCGGCCGCGAGCCCCCACCCAUCUGGCGCGUCCAGAAGGCCCUGCUGCAGAAAUUCACCCCGGAGAUCAAGGACGGGCAGCGGCAGUUCUGCGCCACCAGUAAUUAUUUGGGCUAUUUUGGGGACGCGAAAAACCGGUACCAGCGCCUCUAUGUGAAGUUUCUGGAAAACGUCAACAAGAAGGAUUACGUGAGGGUCUGUGCUCGGAAACCCUGGCACCGGCCCCCAGCACCCGUCAGGCGCUCAGGGCAGGCCAAGGGCCCCCCCUCUGCUGGGGGCACCUCUGCACCUACGCCCAAGGCCUCCGCACCGCCUCCCAAGCCCGAGACCCCUGACAAGGCACCAUCUGAGAAGCCCCCAGAGCAGAUGCCCGAGGCAGCCGUGCCUGAGCCCCCUGCCCCUGAGAAGCCGUCCCCACCUCGGCCUGUGGAGAAGGAGAAAGAGAAGGAGAAGGAGCGGGUGACACGCGGGGAGCGGCCCCUGCGUGGGGAGCGGGGCGCCGGCGGGCGGCAGACGCGGCCAGAGCGGAGCCUCGCCGCCGGGCAGCCCGCCACCUCCCGGCUGCCCAAGGCCCGGCCCACCAAGGUGAAGGCUGAGCCGCCCCCCAAGAAGAGGAAGAAGUGGCUGAAGGAGGUGGCGGGCAACGCUGCGGCGAGCGGGGGCCCACCGGGCAGCUCCUCUGACUCCGAGUCGUCCCCUGGAGCGCCCAGCGAGGAUGAGCGGGCGGUGCCCGGGCGGCUGCUGAAGACCCGGGCGAUGCGAGAGAUGUACCGGAGCUACGUAGAGAUGCUGGUGAGCACCGCCCUGGACCCGGACAUGAUCCAGGCCCUGGAGGACACGCAUGAUGAGCUGUACCUCCCGCCCAUGCGGAAGAUCGACGGCCUCCUGAAUGAGCACAAGAAGAAAGUCCUGAAGCGGCUGUCGCUGAGCCCGGCCCUGCAGGACGCCCUGCACACGUUCCCCCAGCUGCAAGUGGAGCAGAGUGGGGAGGGCUCCCCUGAAGACGGGGCCGUGCGGCUGCGGCCGGCUGGGGAACCCUACAACCGGAAGACACUCAGCAAACUCAAGAGGAGCGUGGUCCGGGCCCAGGAGUUCAAGGUCGAGCUGGACAAGUCAGGCUACUACACGCUGUACCACUCACUCCACCACUAUAAGUACCACACUUUCCUGCGCUGCCGGGACCAGGCCCUGGUGGCCGCCCGCCGCAGCUGCGCGUUUCAACCCCUGCAGACCCUGGCCAUCGAGGGUGGCGCUGAGGACCUGGGCCAGGAGGAGGUGGUCCAGCAGUGCAUGCGGAACCAGCCGUGGCUGGAGCAGCUCUUCGACUCCUUCAGUGACCUGCUGGCCCAAGCACAGGCCCACAGCCGCUGCGGGUGACCCGCCGAGGCCUGGGGGACACACCUCCACCACGAACCGAGAACUGGGGCAGAACCGUGUGCUCAGGCGCGACCCCCCAGGCCCCGCUGCCAGGGAGUGGGGGGCGGUCACCGGUCAGGGUGUGUCCGUGCUGCCCCCGCAGGGCAGGGUUCAGAGUUUGACUCACCCCUCUCCCAAGCCCUCUCCGCUCUCCCCAUUCCUCCCACUGUCCGGUGUACAGAGAAAUUAUUUAUAUAUAUGUAUAAAUGUCUAUUUAGUAACGGUUUCCCUCUCCCCCCCGGGCCCCACUCCCCGCUCCACGGCCAUAGCCCCCACCCCCUCCACCUUGUACAUAAUGUAUAGGAAAAGUCUAUGUAUGGUUGAGGGGGGUGGGGUGGCUUGAGAGAGUUGGGGGACCCCCUCACCCCCAAGUUCCCCCCUUACAGGCCAAGAUCUUUGCUAAAGGCCAUUCCCUCCUCAGGGCCUUCGGUGUCCGAUGGGAAGGGGAAAAUGCAUCUUGUUAAUUAUU